AUGUCUUCUCCUCAGCCCGCUCAUUCCACAAAACAUCUUCCUCAGCUCUCCUAUCCCUUUCAACAUUCUACUUUUAUUCUAAACCAACAGACAGACGGCUCACACAAUGGCACCGCCCUUUGGCUCGGUGGUCAAAUUCUCGCCCUCUUUCUGGCCAAUUUUCAUGCAAGGUUCACCACGAACAAGGCCCCCCCUCGCGCAAUCGAAUUAGGGAGCGGUAUAGGCCUGACUGCGCUGGCUCUCAGUUCUCUUGGCUGGGACGUUCUGGCAACUGAUAUCCGCCAUGUCGUGGACGCCGUUCUCUCUAAAAACAUCGAUCUGAAUGCCACUGCGCUUCCGCCUGCUUCCGGGACCAUCCAGAUAAGAGAGCUGGAUUGGACAGUGGAACCAGACAAAUGGAGCUGGCGGAAUCCUGUGUCUGUGACGUCCUCUGCGCCGACUGUGAAUCCACCAUCAAGCCUGCUACAACCUCCAUUCGACCUGAUAUUCUCAGCGGACACCGUCUAUUCGCGAGAACUCGUGUCACCUCUCUUGCGUACUUUGCACAGCCUAAGCACCUUGUCCCAAUCCCUUUCAGGCCGCUACCCAACCAUUUUGCUCUGUGUCGAGAAUCGAGAUCCGAUCUUAUUGGCAGCCUUGUUCGAGGAGGCACGGCAAGAGUGGAAUUUCGGUGUCGAUCGCAUACCGCGCACCAGGUUGGCCAAAUGUAUCGAGAAAGCAGGGUUAGGAUGGGAUAAAGAGGACUGGGCGGGGGUUGAGAUUUGGAAAUUAAGGCUUUCAUAA